UCGCCCGCCCGCCCCGCGGCAGCCCCGGCUCGCCGCGGCGCCAGGCAGGGCCCCCGCCGGAGGAUGCUCGGCCGGCCCCCGGGGCCAGGACCAGGACUAGCAGCGGGACUGGGACUGGCAGCGAGUGCUGCGCUCCGGGGACGGCCCCCACCCGCGGCACCCCGAGAGUAGCUGCUGGAAGGCCGCCCCGCCGUAGCCGUGACGCUAUGGAAGACCGCAUCCGCUGCUCUCGGCUGUAGGAUGGUAGCGCACAGCAAGGUGUCAGCAGAUAAUGCACUUGGAGCAGACCCAAGACGGCUUCUUGACCCUCCGGCACGGGAUCGCUCCCAGGCACGAGGCUUCCCGGGCCCCGGCCGGCCCGGCGCUGUGCAGGCACAGGGCAACACGCACUUCCGAACCUUUCGCUCGCAGGCGGAUUUCAGCAGCAUCACUCGAGCCAGCAGCCUGCUGGAUGCCUGUGGCUUCUACUGGGGGCCUCUGAGUGUCAGUGCUGCUCACGAGAAGCUGAAGUCUGAGCCCGAGGGCACCUUCCUCAUCAGGGACAGCACACAAAAGAAUUGCUUCUUUGCCAUCAGUGUUAAGACUGCAACUGGACCCACCAGUAUCCGGAUUAACUUUCAGACUGGGCGUUUCAGCCUGGAUGGCAGCAAAGAGACUUUUGACUGUCUUUUUAAGCUGCUGGAACAUUACCUAAGCUCCCCGAGGAAGGUACUGGUUACCCCUCUUCGCAAGGUCCGGGUGCAGCCCCUGCAGGAGCUCUGCCGGAAAAGCAUCGUGAAGAGUUUUGGAAGAGAGAACUUAAAUGAGAUCCCACUCAAUCCUGUUUUAAAGGACUACCUGAAAUCCUUCCCAUUUCAGAUAUAAGUGCAGCAUUAACUGUAUAGGGACACAUUAGACAUGUGUAACAAAAUCCAUCCUCCUGGGUUUUUAAUUAUGUUUGACAGUGAGCAAACUUAUUUUUGUAGCAGUUUACUGUAUUUUGUGAUGGAACCUGAACACUUGACUUCUUAUGUUUACAAAAACUGUUUGCACAAACCUGGGGUUUUAAAACCCUGGCAUAAUUUUUCUGCCAAGCAGAAUAUUUUACUAUUUUAUAAUAUUUUUAAUGAUAUUAACAUAAUAAACUUUAUUGUCACAGUUUUUA